AUGCCUGAGCAGAACCAGAAUAUAGGUUCCUACGAUGCUCCAUCUCUUGAUGCACGUCAAGAUAUUCUGGUCACGGAGGUGCCCAAAAUCGGCGAGGAAGCAGCAUUAAAGGUUAUUACAGAGUGGGGGCAACCUAAAUCCAAAAUCAAACACCUCAUAUUCUCUUCAGUAGCUGGUGUAGAUAUGCCUGGACCAGAUUUUCAACUUGCUAGGCUCCUUGGCCUUGAGACAUCCAUUAAAAGAGUUACGUUGUAUCACCAGGGCUGCUACAUUGACGGGGCAGCCAUUCGCAUUGCCAAGGAUUUUGCCGAAAGCACGUUGGCGCUCGCUUUCCUGGUUGUCUGUUCUAAUAUCACCAUUGGCAAAGCAAUUAUGGGUGCAUCUGCUUUAAUCAUUGGUGCUGAUCCUCAUACGUCUGUUGAACGACCAUUGUUCCAAAUAUACAAAAUAAGGGGAAAGUCUGUUGAGAAAAGAAAGACCAGUGCUGGUGAAGGCGUGUAUUGGGGUGUGUUGGUUGGAUUAGGCGCAGGCCUCACUGUGGACACAGUGGUGAUGCAAAGCGUUUCUAUGGUUAAUGCCAAAUAA